CAAUGGCAUGCGCCUGGGGGCGGGGCAUGCUGGGUGUCGGGACCAAUGAGGAGAAGCAGUUCCUGCGAACAUGGCGGAGGUGGUGUGUGUGAGCUCCAGCAGCGACUCAGAGGCUGAGGUGAUCCCGAGGAAGCCUCCUCCCAAGCGGCGCCGCAUCAUCACAGACAACACCGUCCCCGCCGUCCCUGUUUACUCCAGCAAGGUUCAAAAGAGCUUGCAUCUUCUUCCCAAGUCUCUGACACUGUCGUAUAUACCCCAAAUCCUCAAUGCAUCAGACGAUGAGGAAGAAACAAUUCCUUCAGAGAACACUCAGGUGGUGGAAGAAACAAGAUGUCAAAAUAAGUCGCCCUCACCUCCACCUCCACCUCGGCCAAGAAGAUAUUGCCGUAGAGACAAAAUCCUUAAACAGAGGCUUGAGAGUCUGACUUCCUCUCUCUCAGCUGCCAAGAAGAGUUUGCAGGAUGAGGAAACAGAUGCAGAUACUAAUGAUGUGAUUCUGAUUGAUGCUUCUGACUCCCAGGAGUUGUUGCUGAAAGUCCGAUGUCGAGCUGACCUCCACAGAGUCUCAAUCCGGAUGACAGAUCCCCUUCAGAAGGUGAUUGAACACAUGGGGCAGACACUGAAAGUUCCCCCAAACAGAAUACUUCUCCUGCUUCGUGAUCGAGAACUUGCAGCUGAUGCAACUCCUGGCAGACUAGGUCUGGGUGUGGCUGAUAUUGUGGAUUGCAUAGUUGAAGCAAAUAACAAUCAGAAUAGUGACUCUGGAAACCUGCGGCUCCGAGUGCAAGGAAAAGACAAAAGCUCUGAGAUGGAGAUAGCUGUUCAGAAGGAAGAGCCAUUGCAAGUGCUUAUGAAUCGUUACCGCCAGGCCCAGGGUCUUGGCAAACGCAAGCUUGUCUUCCAUUUUGAUGGACAGAAGUUAAUGGAAACUUGGACUCCUGAAGAAUUAGGGAUGGAGUCUGGGGAUGUAAUCGAAGUGUGGAGCUAGAAGCCACCUCUUCAAAGAGACCGUGGUCCCUGUGAUUCCUGCUUUGAAAGGCUUCAUUGCACCUCAGUAAUUCCUCUGGGUUUGAUCUUCAUUGUGACAAAUGAAUACGACUAAAAUGAUUUCUUUUUUCUAUAAGAACAAAGAUGGGACACUUGCUCCACUUGAAUUAAGCAUUCUUUGAACUCCUGAAGGCCACCUCACCUGAUUUUCAGCUCCUCCAGAGGUCAUUGUGCACUAUUACAGAGGCUGUUUUGAAGCAUUGCAAGUCAUGUCACAUCAGUUCUGGUUGUCUUUGAGAACUUGUUUGGGUAUUUUUAUGUUUCAGGAUGGGGGCUCCCAAAAUAGCAUUUCUGACCAUCCCAGAGUUCGUGGGAUUGGAGUAUGUAUGGAUUUGUAUGUGUGGGGAUGUCAGGGAUCCCUAGGUCUGCAUUGGAUUCCUCCAAGGUCAACAUAUCUCUUCCUCCACUCCCCCACCUGUGUCAAGACACAAGGAAAACAGUUAUGUAGAGUUUGUAUCAUUGUAAACCUCUCUAUGUCUAUUGUUUGUCAUCUUGCUCUAUAUCCGGAUGCAAAGCGAAGGGCUACUUUGCCUAGGAACAAUGACAGCAGUAUUUGUGUUCACUCAGUCAUUCUUUUCUAAUCAAUGUUUCUCUUCCAUUUGUUUUUUUUAAAAAAAAAACCUGUAGAGCCCAUUAUCUUUUUCUUUGUGUCCUUUAUGUUGAAGCAACUACAACGUAAAAUGAACCAGACAGCUUAAAAGCUAUGUACUUUUAAACAUUAUAAUAUCAUAGCCAUUUUAAUUCAUGCCAGGUUUCCCUAUACCAUUAAGCUUUUUUCAGUGCUGCACAUCAUGUUCAGGAUCCUUCCUGCCAAGGAGUAGUAUACGUCCCUCCAGUCAAACAACAAAUGACAAUUCCCACAUGGGGACUGUGAAAAUUACUGUUGGAACUGUCAUAUUUUAACUAUGCAACCAUCUUGCCUUCAACAAGGGAAAUGGUGGUGCUUCAGACAAACCCUAUAAUGUCUCACAAUUGACUAUGCUAGUUAAUAUAUCAGUCUCAAUAUCUGGGGAUUCACCUCUGAUCUACAGCAUCAGUUUCAAAGUCAAACCUGUCUGCAGAGCUAAGGAGACUUAGGGCCCUUUCACACAGCCAAAUAACUUAGAAUAUCAAGGCAGAAAAUCCUGCAAUAACUGCUUUGAACUGAGUUAUCUGUGUCCACACUGCCAUAUAUUCCAGUUCAAAGCAGAUAAUGUGGGAUUUUAUUCAGCUAUGUGGAAGGGGCAUUGGGCCUCUUCUACACUGCUAUAAAUAAUCCAGAUUAACUGCUUUGAAUUGGAUUUUAUGGCAGUGUAGACUCAUAAAAUCUAGUUCAAAACAAAUCAUGUAGAUUAUCUGAUUUGAUAAUAUGGAUUAUAUGGCAGUGUAGAUGGGCCCUUAGUUUUUGGACUCUACUUCUCCUAGAACUGGCCUAGCAUGAUUCUAAGAGUUGUAGUUCCACAAUGUAAUUUGUGUUUGAAUUUCAUACAGUGCCUUCCUUUAGCUUUUCUAAAGUAUCAACCUUAUUUAGUCGUUAUUUAUUUCCUCCCUCUUUCUCUUUUGCAAGUGUUGGAAAAAUAGCACACAAGAUUUAUAAAAUCCUCUUCUCCAAAUAAAGCAAAACUAGCCCUGCAGUAA